GGUUUCAUGCACUGACAUAUUGCGAAGCCUUUUCCCAUCCCUUCCAGACGAGCACCAUGGCGCCGAAGGUAAUGGAUAGCGACACUCCAUUUCUUCCUGAAGAAAUCAUGAUCGACAUUCUCAAACGCCUGCCUGUGAAAUCCCUAAUCCGAUUUCAAUGUGUGUGUCAGCGUUGGAAAAAUCUCUUCAAGACCUCAUCUUUCAUUGCUGAACACUUGAACCACUCCAGUAAAAACCCUUCCCUUCUUUUUCAAACCUAUGACAGAUUCGAUUGUCUGCAGAUGCUCAACUACGAGAUGCAAGUCCUCGAAGUUCAGUUUGAGAUCUUACCAUUGAUCGGUUCCUUUCGGAGGGCUCAGAUAAUUGGUUGCAGCAAUGGCUUGUUCUGUGUUAAACGUGAUUAUACUGUCCUACCUCUUCCUUCCCUUUUAGUGUGGAAUCCUGCCACUAGAGAGGUCAGACAGAUUCCUGAACCUAUUAAUCAUGAUGGAGAUUUUUAUGAAUUUGGAUUUGGGUUUAGUCCCAUUGUGAAUGAUUACAAGAUAGUGAUAGCUCGUGAAACUGAGAUUGAUUUGGAGGGUAAUGGAGUUAGUUAUAGAAUUACUGGAGCAGAAGUGUAUUCAUUAAGUGAAGGGUCAUGGAAGGAAAUUCAAGUUGGGGACGUUGGGGUUUUGAAUCUUGUUGGAUUACCUGUCACAGUUAAUGGAGCUAUAUUUUGGAAUGGGUACAAGAUGGAUCGGGAUUAUCUUAAGGUUUGUGAGGAGGUGAUAGUUUCAUUUGACAUAGCUAUGGAAGUGUUUACAUUCAUACCCAGUCCAUCAGAAAUUGAUUCUUGUAAUCUUACUGUACAUGAGAACAAACUUGCUAUAUUAUCUAGGCUUAUGAAUGGGUACGGUGAAUCAUCUGUGAUUGAUUUGUGGGUGACAGAAGAGGUUGCAGGCGCAUCUGAGGAGAGAUGGAGUUGGACUAGGAAAUAUUCUAUAAGCACGUGCCCAUUUACAAAUCCAAAAGAAAGUCUUGUACCUGCCCGCAACACUACUGUUGAGGAGCAUGCUAUGGCCCAAAGAGGCGAAACUGGCCUGAGGCGCAGCUUAAGGAUUCGAAGGCCCACUUGGAAAUUACGAGCGGCAGCAUCAUAAAUUAGGAAAAGACGAGAGGGGCUUCUAUUCUGCUAUUCCUUUUCGGGUUUGCUUGUACUGAGAUUCUCUUAUCAAUGCUUGAAUUUCUGCGACUCGAUUAUACUGCAGUGGAUUCAAUUUACGUGUUAUCGGUUAAAUAUA